AUGGAUGUGGAUCUUGCGCUUCCGAGCCUCGAAGUCGAAGCUAAUACCAAUGACCUCUUCUUCGAGGAAUCUUGGGCUUUUUUCUUUGGACCUAUCCCAAACAAAACCUUUUCUAGAGACUCACCGUUGCCUGAGGGAUUGGACGACCCUGAAGAACGACAGCUCGCAGCUAAUAGAAUGAUCGAGUGUCUGUCGACAGCAUGCUUAACUUAUACUCACAAGCAGUUUGAUCUUGAACUUAGUCAUCUACACUCCUUUUUUACACAGGAAAAUGUUCACAAUUUCAUUGGGGCAUAUUUUGAUCAGACAGUCAGACCUCGAUCUCGCAUCGUUCUGAAAUCACCAUUCGUUCUUGGAUCUACGUCGGUGCCGCUACUAUUGGCAAUAUUUUUGCUAGGUGCCACAUGUGGUCACUCCGAUGGAGCCAAGUUCCAAGCUGUGAUAUAUGCUGACCUUGUUGAAUUUAUCAUUUUCGAGAACCCGAUCUUGCUUCAACUUGUGUAUACUCAAGAUCUCAAGUUCGAUAGUUUGAGUCGGAUCGAGACGGAAAUUAUCCAAGCUGCAAUCCUCAUAAUACUGAUGCAGUUGGCCAGUCCGAAGCCAGAUUCUCGUCAUCGAGUUCGAAUCCAACGAUAUCCUGCUUUGGUUUCGAUCGCUCGGGCGACAUCUAUAACCAUGCUAGAUUGUCACAAUAUUAUGUUUUUCAAUAGUCCUCCUCAAUUUACACCAUCCGAGUUCGACUUUGAUCUCCCCGCUGAAGAAAAGGGUAUCGAUAUUCGAGAUAAUAUGGAAUGGGAGGCAUGGGCACAGAAUGAGAGAAAAUUCCCCAGGCCUCCGCCAUUGAACGAAUUCAUCCAAGAACUACUAUCGGAUGACUGGAAGGGGAUCGACGACCCCAGAUUCAAACAUCUCAACGUAUUCGCUCUAUUUAUUGCUGUUUCUGUCUUCGGACUAAGAUCUAGUCUUUGCGAUUUAUCCUUUGCAAAACAACAAAUCGGAAGGGCACUGUCGCGAUGGAUGAGUCUAUGGAAACAACUACAAUCAACUUUGACCCAACAAGAGAUCUAUCGCGCAGGGAUCACAUACCAUGCACCUGAUCUCUGUGUCUUCGCCCGUCUCGUUCUCCAAAAACUACUAUCAGAGACCGGUGAAAUCGCCAAGGAUUCCAUGGCUCAAAUACAUCAAAUGCUAAAGGGAUCAAAUGAGCGGGCCAUCAAUUGA